AUGAAGAAAAAAUUCAUCAAUUAUUCUUCUAUUCAAUGGCAAUGCAUAGAUGUAAGAAAUAGGGGACUACAGAGGGCCUUCUUACAAGAGGAUGGGGGCCCCCCUAAUGAGGGGGGCCCCCAUCAAAAAGGGGGCCCCCUCAAUAAGGGGGGCCCCCCAUUUAAUUUAGUUAUAGAUAAAGGGUUCCUUGAUGCCUAUAUCUCUAUUGAUCAUGAUAAAGGACAAACAGCAGGGGCCCCCCAGACAGGUACUGGUAGUACAGCUACUCAGGGGGCCCCUGAGGGGGGCCCCCCUCAGGGGCCCCCUACAGGGGCCCCUAAUUAUGAUUAUAAGAAAUCAGCAGAAGAAUACUUUCAGGGUGUAUUCGAUGUACUAAAGGAAGGAGGAUCUUUUAUUCUUAUUACUCUUGCACAAGAUUAUAUACUUAAGGAAAUAGUCCGUUUCUUUUUACGUCUCCCUGUAGAGAUAAAUAUAUAUUGUUGUCCCUCUAAGGAAGAAGAAGAAAAAGAAGAGGGGGCCCCUACCCCUCGUCUACAACCCUUUCUUUUCUGUAUAAAAAAGGGUUUAGGGUCUACGGGGGGCCCCGAGGGGGAAAAGAAAGAAGAAGGAGAAGGAGAGAAAGCAACAGUGCCUAGACCGAUGUGCACGCUCGCGGCAACAGGAGGAGGUGCACCAGAAACGUUUCCCGUCUUUGAGUUGCCAAGUGAGUGA